AUGUCGCACGCGACGAAGCAGCUGAAGAAAGCUGCGCGUAUCAUCCUAAUUGGUGCACCCGGGGUAGGAAAAGGCACACAGUCCGAGCGGCUGCUAUCCCGCUUUCCGCAACUGGCCUCAAUCAGCUCGGGUGACCUGCUGAGAGAGAAUGUGCGCAGGCGAACACCUCUCGGCCUGGAGGCCGAGGCCACAAUGCAAUCUGGAAACCUCGUCCCCGAUUCCAUGAUUUUGAACCUGAUCUCCGAUGACAUGAAAACCAAGGGCUGGCUCCUCCAACCCAACUCUCCCACCCAAUCUUCAGCCUCGCCAUCCUCAGAACAAACACCAUCCGCUCCAUCAGUCGAUCCCACUGCCUCGUUCAUCCUGGACGGCUUUCCUCGAACCUCCUCACAGGCAACAAGCCUGGACAGCCUAGUCCCAGUCAACUUUGUCGUGCACCUCCUCACCCCGCCAUCGGUAAUUCUAGCCCGUAUCGCUUCGCGCUGGGUCCAUGAACCCUCGGGUCGUGUCUACAACACAGACUUUCACCCACCGAAGGUGCCAGGGAAAGACGAUGUGACCGGGGAGCCGUUGACACAGCGCGAAGACGACUCAAUUGACACUUGGAAGCAGCGUCUACGGAAGUUCGAAGAAACCAGCAAGUCUCUCUUGGAGCACUAUGAACGCCGGGGCUGCCUUUUCCGCGCAGAGGGCAAUAGCUCCGACGAGAUCACACCCGGAUUGUUCGCCGAGAUCGAACGCCGAUUCUGCUGA